GUCCCUAUUAACCGUGAAAAACGAUGGAAUACUGUACACUGUAGUCAUGAUGAGUCAUCCAAAGUCUUUCCAAACAGCUAUUUAAGUAAUCUAGUAAAAGUCUUUCAAAAAAAAUAAAUUUUUUUUUAGUAUUGCAAUAUAAUAUUGCAAACCCCCAAAAAAUCACAGCAAUAUUUUUUUUUUCCAAUAUUGUUCAGGCCUAGUACCAUCCCAAGAACACCAUCCCUACUGUGAAGCAUAGGGGUGGUAGCAUCAUGCUUUGGAGGUGUUUCUCUGCAAAUGGGACUGGACGACUGCACUGUAUUAAGGAGAGGAUGACCAGGGCCAUGUAUUGUGAGAUUAUGGGGAAUAAACUCCUUCCCUCAGUUAGAGCAUUGAAAAUGGGUCAUGACGAAUUCUUCCAACAUAACAAUGGCCAGAAGCAGGCAGCCACAAUAACAAGGAGUGGCUUCGUAAAAAAGUUCUGGAGGGCCCUAGCAAGUCUCCAGACGCAAACCCAAGAGAAUCUUCGAAGGAGGUUCAAACUCCAUGUUUCUCAGUAGCAGUCCAGAAACCUGAUUGAUCUAGACAAGAUCUGUGUGGAGCAGUGGUGCAAAAUCCCUGCUGCAUUUAGUGCAAACCUGGUGAAAAGAUACAGGACUCGGGUGCAAAAAUAUGUGAUCGAAACAUCCCUAUUUUUCAUAACUGUCAUUGUUAACCAGUGUUGGGCACGUUACUUUAAAAAAGUAAUUAGUUAUAGUUAUUCACUACUUCUUCCAAAAAGUAACUGAGUUAGUAACUGAAUUACUCUGUAGUAAAAGUAACUAGUUACCAGGGAAAGUAACUAUUUCCGUUACUUUAAAAAGAAGUUGUUGUAUGUCAAAGAAUUUGAAAUUCUCUAAGCAGUAUUCGAGUCAGUUGAAUAGAGAAGAACAGACAGGUAGUUGUGUUAUAGUAACACAAUAUGUAAUAUAAUAUUGUAUUAUUGUAAUAAUACAAUAUUGUAAUAUUUGUAAUAUUUAUUGCACCUCACCAGCAACAGAUGUAUCCUACACUUGAAGUGCAACAAAAAUAAACAGUAAACAAUAUAAUAAAAUAACAAUCAGCAGUAAACAAUAUAAAGUGAGUUUAAUAAAUUAAAUCUAACUCUCACAACCUGAGACAACUGGUCAAGUAGACCUGAUUGGCUUACCAUGACACAUCACUCUAACCCUCAGCCAAUCACAAUCACUUCCAUCGCAUCUGUCCGGGGGUGCAUUCAUGUAGCCUCGUCCCCCUACUCGUCCCGUCACCCUCAAAGCGUCUGCCGUCCUCAAGAUGGAAGCAGCAUUCUUGCUGGCUGACAGUGGGGGAUGGGAACGAGGCUAGCAUUCCGGUGUAGCAAACACAGAAACAUUAGCAAGCUUUGGAAAGCAUUGUCUAAUUGAAUGAGCAGGGACAAACAGCCUGGAGUCAUAAGAAGUACGUGCUGUAAUAUUCUGAUACAGAAUUAUUCCAGGCACCCUAAAGUGCACACGGCGCCAUUAUUGUUUUGCUCACAUGAUGCGGGAGUGAGUUAGAGACACGGCCUGCCGAGAGCCAUACAUUUGUGUUAAAGUUAUAUGUGCUAUUAACCCUUUAACACUGAACGUGUCGGAUGCGACACGUUUACGCAUACCAUCUUUGAAGACUUGCAACGCUGUAAUUACGUCACCCACGUGCCCCUGGUUGUUCUCAUUUGAAAGUUCGGAAGUUGAUGUCCACACCAGUUUUUAUUUGAAGUCAAUCGACCAAGUAAAACGGGAGAUAAUGUCAUUUGAGUUUUAUAGUUUUAUUGCACUCAUAAAUAUGCAUUAAAACGCUGCAUGGACCUUAUGUCUAUUUCCAUAUUUCCAUCAUUUCUUGUCCUUUUUCAAAACCGAAGGCAGCACAAAAGACUACAUAUAAUACACCUAAUGUGAACAUUUUUAAUAAAUUGCCGAGCUAGGCGCCAACUAAGGAAAAGGAGACACGCAAAGCAAGCAACGGCCGGUUGGAAUGAGCGAGCGACUUUGAAACGUGCAUAAUGAAUCGAAAACUAAAUUUAGCGCAAGCUAAUGCAUUUUUUCAUUAACUCAAGGAAUUGGAUGAGCUGUAUAUGUCGUUGUUUUCCUCGGAUUAGUCGGCGUCUCGGCUAGUAGAAGUGACAGCAGUGCUCAAACGGCGGAAGAGUGACAGCUGUGUGACGUAUGUGACGCAGCUCGGUGACCUGUUCAAAAACAAACUUUAUUGAGUGCGCAAAAAAAUAAAAAAAACUUUAUUGGGUCGCAUGCCUGAAAAAAUUGAAUUGAACUGAAGUCAUUCAUUACUUGUCAAUAUUUUUUAAAAUACGUUUUUUCAAUGUAUAUAUAUUUUUUUCUCCACUAUGAAUCUUUUCAAUUUUUAUAUAUACUGUAGAUGUGUGUUCGAGAAGCUUGAUUGCAUGUACAUAUACAGUAUACCUUUGAUAAGGUGAUGGGUACAAUAACUAACUUCACAAAGAGAUAUCCUCCAAACCCUUUUUUCUGUUGGAUGAUAUAUAUGAUUUUUUUUCUCACAAUUUUGCACUGUAUAUAACCUGUUUUGACCAUAGUAUGUGUAAAGGCCAAAAACGCCUAUGACCAUACCUGCUGCUUGUGUUGAAUUGUCAAACAUAAAACUAUUCAAUCUUAUUUUUUUCUAUUGAAUGUUUAUCCUAGCAAGUUAAAUAAAUAUUAUCAAGCUUCAAAACGGUUGGUCGAGCAUGUUUGCUUGUCAGUGGGACAUCAAUAUUACAAAUUUGGAGAAGAGAUUUUGGGAUUUUUUUUGUCUUUUUGGGUCCAAAAUGUGGAUUAAAAUUGGUCAGUGAAGAAAACAAACAGUUUGUACAUGAAGUUCAAGGUAUCCUGAAAAAAAGGGACCCAACUUGGCCAUUGUGAACAAUUUUUUCUUUGAAUUAUAAAGGCAACAUCAAAGGCAUGCAAAUUCGGCCAAAAUAGGCUUAGGUGUUAAAGGGUUAAAGAAAUAGAGUGCCAGCACGUCCUGUGUGGUAUAUCUUUGCUAAGAAAAAGCACAAAACAAAACACGUGCGCUAUCCCCGAACCUGAACGCACCCCAAGUCUUGGAUGACAAAUAAACAGAGCAGACUCUCUACGGCUGGUAGUUUCUUUAUUCAGCGUAAGUAACGCACCGCUUUUGACCGUCAGUAAUGGUAACGGCGUUGUAACGGUGGAAAAAUUAAUUGGUUAGAUUACCCCGUUACUGAAAAAAAUAACGCCGUUAUGUAACAGCGUUAUUCCCAACACUGUCGUUAACGGAUACAAUAAUGAUCAGGACUAAUUGUCAUUAGUGUCUAUUCGGUCCAAUGAUGGCAGCCUGAAAAGCGGUGCAUCAUGCGGGUUUGUCCGACAUUGGAUGCGUGUAUGCCUCAAGCAGUCCUGAAAUCAGAAGGCAAUCUCAAUUUUCCCUCAUUUUAGAGCUUUAAUUUUAUGUACUUGCUGAUAUUUUUAUCCAUUUUGAUUUUGUUUUAGUGCAGCAAGCAUUUACAAGACAUGUUUUCAUCACUUUAGAGGAUGUUUAAAUGCACAGCAUGAGUUUGCCAUAUUUUAGUGAGCUUGUGUCAUCCUUGACGUCCUUGUUCUUGCGGGUAAAAAAUGGCACCCACAGCUUCAUCCAAAGGUCAAGAGAUGAGCACACGACGUGGGUGGGUGUUCACAGACAAAGCAGGCGUGGCGUUAAAUGCCAAGGUCAUGUCCGCAAUCACUCCAAAAAAAGUUUAUUUUUAGAUUUUAACAUUCUAUUUCUAUUACAGUCUACAACCUAACUGCAAAUCCAUAAACCAAAUGGUUUUGACUUUGUCACUCAUAUUGAAAUAAAGUAUAUUCACAUUGUGCUUCUAACAUAGAGUACAAAGACUGUUAAAUUAAAAGCAUUUCAUGCUGUUGAGAUGUAAUAUAAUUUAUUCAAGCUCUGGCUGUAUUUUUUUUUCUUCCCUCCUGAUGUUCAGAGGACAGCUAAAUGUUUACGACAGAGUUGCCCUUUAAAUAUAUGGGUCACCUGUGUGCCAGUGAAAGAUGAUGUAGUGCGCUGAUGUAGCAUUUGUGACCCAAAGUCAGACCAUCAAAGGUUUUACUACCUGGUUGGAUUUCUUAUAUAUUCAUUUUUGCACUAUACACUUAACUUAUUGGCUGCCAUUGACAUGAUCGGAUGUCUUUUAGCUAGGGCUGUCAAACGAUUAAAAUUUUUAAUCGAGUUAAUUACAGCUUAAAAAUUAAUUAAUCGUAAUUAAUCGCAAUUCAAAUGAUGUCCCGUCAUCCGGGAUAUCAUAUUUUGCUUUUCAAAAAGAGGACACAAAUAACAGAUAUAAAUAAUCCCUGUUUCGGCUUAUAGUCAAAGUUUAUUUAUAUGGAUCGAUAGCAUGCACGCACUGUCCGUGCAUGUCACACAUACAAACAGGCAGUUUGCCCCGACUCUCGUCCGUGUAGUUAAUGUUAAAAUAUUGCUCACAUAGAGCAGAGAGAAAACCAAUCAUUCUCAUGCUUAUCCUCGCCCAGCCAUUCCCCAAAAAGCCGUGUUAACUGCAAGCUAGACGCUAAUAACGCACAGCUGCACCGCUACUUUAGCGUCAUUCUCGCUAUAUGAUGACGUAAUUGCUUCAUGAAUUCCAGUUUGGGAGACUGGACUGUACAGACCGCCGCGACAGUCUGGAAAAAUGUGGCCCAGAUCGGAUUUGAACCACAUACCAAAUUGACCCAAAUGGGAUUGAAAUGGUCCAGUUCUAUGUGACUUGUUACGUUCAGACUGUCAAGUUAAUGCCUGACUCGAGUUGGAAAAACACGAAAAAAUCAAGACCUGUAGUAUGAACUAGGGAUGUGACAAAAUAUCGAAAUGGUGAUAUAUCGUGAUACUUUUUAUCCCAAAAGGUUAUCGAUACGCUCCUGCCAAGAAUCGUGAUAUCGUUUUAAAAAGGUGGCAAAGUUUAGGAAAAAAAAAAAAAAAAAGACCAACAAGUUGCUACCGAAAUCUUCAAUCAUUAGAGUGUCUCAGGUAACUGUAAGACUGCCAUUGACCCUGCUCGACGCCCAAUCCAUUUCGACUGGGAACGUUUGUUCAUUCGAAAUAGGGCUGCAGCUGUCGAUUACUUUAGUAGUUCAUUAAUCGAUGAACUAUUUAGUUCAAAUAAUCGAGUAAUCGAAUAAGAACAUAAAAAAUUCAAAAUACCUGGGCUGAGCCUCACACGGUAUAUGAAAAAAAAAAAGGAUCUAUGGACAACAAAAGAACAAUUGGCUAACUUACAUAGCAAAAGUCUGCUACCUUAAAUGCUAUAAAAUGCUAACGCUUUUUUACAAUGCUCUUAACAAAUUGCUCAGACACAUAUUCCCUCAAAAAAUGGCUGAAUAUACCUUGAAACUAAAUUACGAAUGCAUUCAAAAAAAUCAUUAGCUCAAACGAAAACUUAUCCUGGUCUUAACAGGGAGCAGAUGGAUUCAGCCACGUGAAAUGAGGUAGACUAGAGGGCCGUGUAUCCACCCAAAUCAAUAAAAAUAAAUGCAAACACUUUCAAGACAAACCAUUACAACGCCACUUUAAAUAAACGAAUACUCGAAGCAGCAAAAUUUAAUUUGAAUUUUAUUUUCUAAUCGAAUGCUCGAGUUAAUCGAUUAAUCGUUGCAGCACUAUUUCGAAACCAGAGCAUUCGCAGACAUUCUGACCGAUUUUUGGGGCAUUUACAGGUCACUUUAAGUUCAUUUUAGGGCAUUUACAUGUGAUUUUCUAUUGAGUUUGAGUCACUACCUAUUCAUUCGGGUGAUUCCCAAGUUACUUCCUGUAAUGUAACUCAAAAUAAAAAGGAAGUGACCCAUAAAAUACUCCAAAAUCAACAGGAAGUAAUUGAAAAUAAACAGGCAAAUGACCUUAAAUUGACAAAAAUUACCUCAUUGGCUGCCAUUGACGGCCAUAGACGUUCAAUCCGUUUGAAGUGGGAGGGAUGGCAGCGAAUGAACGAAUGUUCAUUCGCUGCCACCCUCCCAGUUCAAAUGGAUUGGGCGUCUACUAGUGAUUAACUCAUUCCAAUUCACAGCAGAAGCUUGAUUUUCUGUUUAUUAGUUGUUUGCAGAAUAUCCUAGAAUGAUUUCCUGACCAAUGUAUCGAUAAUCGUUGUAUCGCCAUAUCGUAAGAUCAUCGUUAUCGUGAGCUUUGUAUCGCAAAUCGUAUCGUAUCGUGAGGUAACAAGAGGUUCCCAUUCCUAGUAUGAACCCAGCCUUAGUCGCUAUCGACGUUGAUCAGAGCUGCACAUAUCCCAGCUUUCUACAUGGCAGUGAGAGCAGCCAUAUCGGCUUAAAUAAACAGCCCAGGAAAGAAAGUUCCAGAAGAAAAUACAUAAUCAUGCAAUUGUUACGCCGGCAUUCCAUUUUGUAUAGAGAUGGCAACGGCGCGGACUGUGGAGGAUAACAGAAAUUGAAUAGUGGAGGAGGAGAUGAGGGGGAGACUUGCAGUGUUGCAUUUGAUAAGACGGAAACUACAAUUACACACACGCACAGUAGCACACACACACGCAUGGAUAUCUCUUGAUAUUGUCUACGCUUCACCUCAACAGACCUUGCAGUGAUUUUGCCUUGACGAAGUGGCCUCUAAAGUCAAUCAAAUAACAGAAAGCCGGGGUUUCGGGGGGGUCCAGGGAUCCCUUCAGAGGGAAAUGCCGCAGAAUAUUUGGUUCCGUGAAAUAAGAAUCUACCUGGACAAAGUGUAGAGUAUAUGGCGGAAAACACUCAGGUGACUUGAAGUUCCUCUCUUAGACCCCCAUUUUGGCCAAAUUUCAAAAUUCUCCGAUAUGCAUGUGUGAUACAUCAUUGGAAAUCUCAAUUUUUGGGGGGGGAGAAAAAUUUUGAACAGGAAGGCGUUUUUGGAAAGAAAAAAAAAAACAGCAAAACCCUAUCUGGAGGUGAGAGCACGCGAGAGCAGAAUUACAGACGCCAUGACUUUAAUGAGAUAUUAUCGCGUACUUACCUUGUUUCGAUCCAAAAACUCCAUGUAGCUUGUAUCAUGGAGUGUCAAGACACAGCUGUGAAUGGCCACAGCUGGAUUUUUGGUGGAUUUUAUGGGUGAAACAUGGUAAUAUAAUAAGGGUCGCGAUGCAGAAAUCGCAGACAUCAAGGAGUGGUCGAAAUGUUCUUUUUCAUAUAUUUACCCUUUUAAACGUUUUUUUUUUUUUUCCCAAUUUUUCUUUGUUUGGAUCGAUUAUUUAUCAUCUAACAUAUCAGGGAAAAUAUGAAAGUAACAAAAAAAAAUACGAUUAAAUGAUAGUUAUGAGGUAGAUACCUGUGACUUUUUUACAGACACCAUUUUUUUCAUCGUGACGUAAUUUGUUUAAAAGUUUAAAAUAUGUGAGUUAAUAAUUUUUUUUGUGUGUUUUUUUGUUUGUUUGUUUUUUGUUUUUUUUUUAAAACAAAAUAUCGGACAUUAAUGAAUGAUUCUAAGCUAAAAAUGACAGACAUUUUGAAAUGUAAAUAGAAAUACUUACCUUCUUUUUAUGGCUGGGUUGAAACAAAAGUGGUUGCGCGACAUAUGUAAACGGGGGUUACCAGGGUAAUACGGACAAAUUAAAAAAAGUUCAGGGGCUAAAUACGGCCAAAAAAAAAAAAAAGAAAUUUACAGCAAAACCCUAUCUGGAGGUGAGAGCACGCGAGAGCAGAAUUACAGACGCCAUGACUUUAACGAUAUAUUAUUGCGUACUUACCUUGUUUCGAUCCAAAAACUCCAUGUAGCUUGUAUCAUGGAGUGUCAAGACACAGCUGUGAAAGGCCACAGCUGGAUUUUGGGGGGAUUUUAUGGGUGAAACAUGGUAAUAUAACAAGGGUCGUGAUGCAGAAAUCGUAGACAUCAUGGAGUGGUCGAAAUGUUCUUUUUCAUAUAUGUUUACCCUUUUAAACAUUUUUUUUUCAAUUUUUCUUUGCUUGGAUCGAUUAUUUAUCAUCUAACAUAUUGGAGAAAAUGCGACAGUAACAAAAAAAAUACAAUUAAGCGAUAGUUAUGAGGUAGAUAUCUGUGACAUUUUUACUGACGCCAUUUUUUUCAUUGUGACAUAAUUUGUUUAAAAGUUUAAAAUAUGCGAGUGAAUAAUUUUUUGAAGUUUUUUUAUUUUUUAUUUUUUAAUCCUCAAAAAGAUAUAUCCUCCAAACCCUUUUUGUGUAAUAUGGUAAAUAUAUGGUAUACAGUGUACCACAAAAGUGAGUACACCCCAAGCAUUUGUGCAGAUAUUUAAGUAUAUCUUUUUAAUGGGACAACACUGACAAAAUGACACUUUGACGCAAUGAAAAGUAGUCUGUGUGCAGCUUAUAUAAGAGAAUUAAUAUAAGAGUUCAUUUAUAUUCCCCUCAAAAUAACUCAAAAUAUAGCCAUUAAAAGCUAACCGCCUGGCAAAAAAAUAUAUAUAUAUAUUAGACAUCAAUUAAUAAUUCUGAGCUAAAAACGACAGACAUUUUGAAUAAGAAAUAUAAUUUAUUAUCUUCGUUUUAUGGCUGGGUUGAAACAAAAGCGGUUGCGCGACGUAUGUAAACAGGGGAUUCCAGGGUAAAACGGACAAUUUAAAAAUAGAUCGGGGGCUUAAUGCGCCAUGAAUCUGAUAUGGCAGCAUAUAAACCUAUUGUUCUAUCAAACACAACAGUUCUUUUGGCAUAAAAUACAGCAGUUUCUUUUAGGGCUGCAGCUAUCGAUUAUUUUAGUAGUUGAUUAAUUGAUGAACUAGUUAGUUCGAAUAAUCGAGUAAUCAGUUAAAGAACAUAAAAAAAUUAGAAUAUCUGAGCUGAGCCUCAAACGGUAUAAAAAUUAAUAAAUAAGGAUCUAAGUACAACAAAAGUACAAUUGGCUAACUUACAUAGCGAAAGUCGGCUAGCUUAAAUGCUAUAAAAUGCUAACUUUUUUUUUUUUUUUUUUUUUUUUUUUACAAUGCUCUAAACAAUAUACCUAUAAACUAAAUUACAAAUGCAUUAAAAACAUAGACUUUUGCUAUUCAAGUUAGUCAGUUGUUAUUAUUAUUAUUAUUUUUUAAACUGUUUAAGGCUAAGCUCAGUUAUUUUCAUUUCCUUUUAAAUGAAAGGGCAAUUCUGCAUAGUUUUUGAGAAACACUCAGGAAAUUUGCAUUUAAUGCUCUUUUGAAAGUGCAAUCUUAGCAAGCCUUUGUUUUACGUUUCCUAAAAUGUAUUAUGCAGUGCAUUAAAUACUCCUAAUCUGAUUACUCGAACUAAAUAGUUAGUCGAUUAAUCGACUUCUAAAAUAAUGGAUGGCUGCAGCCCUAAGAGUAGUAGGAAAGACAAAUGUAGCCAAAUGUUUUCUUUUUUCCAGAUAGUUUUCUAGGAAAGUGUUAUUUUAAUAAGUGAAUUUCAAAAACAUUAUUCUUGUACUAUAGAGCCUACCCACCAACGUCAUAAAACCACGUCCUCGCUGUAUGGUUCCGCCCACUUGUCCGUCAUUUUGACUCUGUAUUAGCAUUGUUUUCAAUUGAUGGCGGAAUUUAAAAUGCAUUUCAUGGAAGACCCGGUGCUUUCUGAUGCCGCAAACUCACUGGAUCUGUUGCAUAAAAGGCGUUAUGAGGAAAAGCUUCGUUCAAUACAGUCGCCAGAUCCAUAUUUGAUGCCCAAAUCGAUGUUUUUCGACCCACUGUCUUCGCCCUGUCUGCCUGACAUCUGCUACGCUGAUAUCUUGUCCACACAAAAUCAGCCUAUUCCCACAAAAAUUUGAAAAACUUCAAGAGCUUGGAGGCUUAUAAAUACUUUGUUGCUGGUUGGGUGAAACAGGUCCUCGUUCGGCAGGAAUCUAUCUUGUGCUUGGAAAGAUUCAAAACGCAGACGACGUCUUGAUCACUCCGUUGGAAAAAUUUCGCAAGGAGCAGAUCGGUGUCGCCAAGGAAGGCAAGAAGAAAUUUGAUAAGGAGACAGAAAAAUAUUACUCCACGCUUGAGAGGCACCUCAACCUGUCGUCCAAAAAGAAAGAAGCUUAUCUUCAAGAGGCUGACACACAUAUGAAUAAAGAGAGGCAACUUUUCUACGACGCGUCACUCGAGUAUGUUUUCAAAAUACAAGAAGUGCAAGAAAAGAAGAAGUUUGAGUUUGUAGAACCGCUCUUGGCUUUUGUGCAAGGCUUGUUUACGUUCUACCACGAGGGAUACGAGCUGGCUCACGAGUUUGAGCCAUACAAGCAGCAGCUCCAGUUCAACCUACAGAAUACGCGCAACAAUUUUGUUAGCACCAAACAGGAAGUGGAGAAGCUGAUGAAAAGAAUCCGGUCGGCAGACCAGGACUACAAAGCUCCAGGCCCGUGGAGCAUGGAAGGAUUUCUGUAUGUACAGGAAAAACGUCCUCUUGGCUGCACGUGGGCUAGACACUAUUGCACGUAUGAAAAAAGCAGCAAGACUUUAACAAUGAGCAACACUGACAACAAGUCAGCCAAUAAGCAGAAUGGUGUCGUUCCCAACCAACAAGAGAUGUUCAAGCUCAAAUCGUGCAUUCGGAGGAAAACUGAUUCCAUCGACAAGCGCUUUUGUUUCGACAUUGAAGUGGUGGAAAGAAACGCCGUCUGCCGCGGAACACUUUUCAGGCCGCUUCGGUUAUUCUAUAAAGUCCGGCAUGGUGUGAUGACGCUGCAGGCGCUGUCCGAGUCUAACAGGAGGCUGUGGCUGGAGGCCAUGGAUGGCAAGGAGCCGAUUUACAACCUACCUGCCAUACUUAGUAAGAGAGAAGAGACAUUCCUCAACGAUGCCGGCUUCAACUUUGUGAGGAAAUGCAUCACCCUGGUGGAGAGCAGAGGCAUAAAUACGAUGGGCCUCUACCGGAUCGGAGGCGUCAACUCCAAAGUACAGAAGCUAAUGGCCACGGUGUUUUCAUCCAAAGCCCCCGCUGACAUGGACCUGGAUCCCGACACGUGGGACAACAAAACUAUCACAAGCGGCCUGAAAAAUUACCUCAGAUGUCUCUCUGAGCCGCUCAUGACCUUCAAGUUGCAUAAAGAAUUCAUCAUGGCUGUCAAAUCAGAUGACCAGAACUACCGAGUAUGCGCCGUCCACUCUUUGGUCCACAAGCUUCCAGAGAGGAACAAGGAGAUGCUGGAGAUGCUCAUUAAACAUCUUGUCGUCGUUUCCGCGCAAAGUCAAUCCAAUAUGAUGACCGUGUCCAACCUGGGCGUCAUCUUCGGGCCCACGCUGAUGCGCUCGCAAGAGGAGACUGUGGCCGCCAUGAUGAACAUCAAGUUCCAGAAUAUCGUGAUGGAAAUUUUGAUUGAAAAUUUUGGAAAAAUCUUCCAUCAACCGCCGGACCCCAACGUGCCGCUGGUGCAACCGCAGAGUCGGCCCGGUUCCCGCAGGAGCAGAGCCAUUUGUCUGUCAAACGGCCCUCGCAAGCCCAGAAGCAUCUAUACGCCCACACUCUGCCUGGCUGAUGCCGAAAGUCCGUGCAUAGGCGACCCGUGCAGCAGCAGUCCAGGCAGCACCCCUUCGGGCAGCCUGGCGUCUUUGUCGUCACACUCUUCUGAACACGACGGACCUCUAAAGCCGGUGACGCCACUCCCCGAAACUGCGUCCCUACGCUCCCGCGGCACCGACUCCGGCUCCAGUCCGGCUGGUCCGACUGACGCAGAAUCGGAAGACGCCCUUAGCGUACCCGCAGUCACCGUCGUCGCCCCCAAAAAGGCCCCCCACCGCCACUUUCUUCAACCCAAACCCCCCGAUCUCACGGCUGCAACCUCGCUCAAGUCUCUACACGUGUCUGAAGGUGGCCAAAGGAAAUACUCAAAAUCCACCCAAAAUCUCUCCACACUGGAUCUCAUCGAUCACCUGAAGCCGGCGGAAAACCCGGAGCUUCCGCCUAAGCUCGUGAUUCGGCGACGGGGUGCGGCGGCAGCAGCUGGAAAUGGAUAUCAAAGACCAGGCUCAGUGGUGGCAGCCAGAGCGAUGCUUUUCGAACACGGCGGUAACCAGCAGAUGAACGCUCUCGGGAGGGAAGCCCAGGCCGUCUACUCGUGCGAGGCCGAGCACAGCCAUGAACUCAGCUUCCCCAAGGGGGCGCACUUCACUAAUGUGUACCCGUCUGUUGAACCAGGAUGGCUGCAAGCGACGUACCACGGAAAAAAGGGUUUAAUCCCUGAAAAUUAUGUUAUUUAUCUGUAAUUUUUUCCCUCCCUCCAUGGUAUCCAUGGAAAAGUGCAGGACUGGUGGUUGUAACUGUGUAGUUUCUAGCUGCUUAAAUGGUGGCUAGAACAUGACAAACAUACCUCCUUUUACUUCUUUAUUUGGACAAAACGUUCUUUAAACGUGUUUUUAAUAAGACAGGCAUAAUUUGUCUUUUUUCCAAUACAUUUUUACGACCUCAAAAGACACACGAGAACCACUCGACAAGUUUUAUUGCCCUGAAAUAGCUUCAACAAUUUGUGAUUCAUGCUUUUAUGUAAAAACAGAUCGGCAAUCGGCCCUCGCAGCCUCACGAGUCAUGAAGUUUCCGACUAAAUUUGAAACGAGGACUCUUCAAGUCCUGGAAAAACAGUUUGAUUGAGUCUUUUUUAGUUCUAUGUAUUGAGCAGUCAAACAUCAGUUAAUUCAGGGGUGUCAAACUCAUUUUGGGGUGCCAUUGACAGCACCAGAUGUCCAAUCUACUUUGACUAGAAGGGCCAAAUGAACAUUUGUUUUAAAAUAAAAAUUAAAAAAAGUAAGUACUGUAAAUAUACUUUUGUUUAACUCCUUGAUCCCUCAAUUUAUAUUUUACAAAUAUAUUCAUUAUUACCUUAUUUUAUUUACAGUUUUGAAUAAGGAAUAAAAGUGAGUCAGUAAACAGUCUUCAUUUUUUUUUUAAAUAAACAAUAAAUUAGGGCUGCAGCUAUCGAAUGUUUUAGUAGUCGAUUAAUCAAUGGACUAGUUAGUUCGAAUAAUCGAGUAAUUAGAUAAGGAAUAUGAAAAAUUAAAAUACCUCAGCUGAGCCUCAAACUUUUUUUUUUUCUUUUUUUAAAUGAGGAUCUAUGUACAACAAAAGAACAUUUGGCUAACUUGCAUUGAAAAAGUCCACUAGCUUAAAUGCUAUAAAAUGCUAAAGUUUUUUUUUUGUUUGUUUGUUUUUACAAUGGUCUUAACAAAUGGUUUAGGCACAUAUUCCCACAAAAAUGGCAAAAUAUAGCCAUAAACUAAAUUCUGAAUGCAUUAAAAAACAUUAACUCAAACAAAAAGCUUACGUUGGUCUUAACAGGGAGCAGUUGGAUUAAGCCAUGUGAACAGAGGGCAGUGUAUCCACACUAAUCAAUAAAACUAAAUGCAAACACUUUCAAAAUAAACCAUUACAACACCACUUUUAUUAAACGAAUACUCGAAGCAACCAAAUUUAUUUCGAGUUUUUUUUUCUAAUCGAAUACUCGAGUUAAUCGAUUAAUCGUUGCAGCACUACAAUAAAUAUACACUUUUUACAGGCAUUUACCGAGUUGCGACGUACUCGAUUUACGCGUUUUCGACUUAACCACGUCAGAGUCUCGUCCACCAUUUUGUCUCCAGUUGUUGUUUUUUUUGUCCUCACAGUACAGUGGUACCUCUACAUACAAAGUAAAUCCGUUCCAGGAUCUUGUAAGUCGAAAUGGUCGUAUGUCGAGCAGGAUUUUCCCAUAGGAAUACAUUAUAAUUCCAUUAAUUCGUUCCAUAUCUCAAAAACCUACACUAAAUUCUUAAUAAAUACUGCUGGUACUAUUACAAAUUGCUAUUACCCAUAGCAAAACAAAUAAAUUGCAAAUCAAAAUCGGAAUAAUAUAAUAAAAACAGUAAUAAUAAUUCCUGUAUUAAUGUAACGAAUCGGGUUCUAAUUUGGCGGACAUUUUUUGCUGUACCUGAACGCACCGCGGGGCUGACGUGCCAGAGACAGAAAGCGGUGACCUUGAGAGUUUCACUUUCAAUGUUACACCGUCAUUUGCGGCAGACAGUAGGCGUUUUGUGUUGAAUAGGUUGUGAAAUAAAUGAUAAAAAUGUGGCGAAGCUGGCAAAGAUGGAUUAUUUUUGCGUCUCUGCGGGGUCUGCUCGGCGAGCCGCUGCACUGGGGGUCCCACUCGUUUUGCUCGGUCGUCCAGCGCCUGGCCGCCCAGGCGUCCUCUCGGUUGUUUUGUUCUUCGGUCGGCGCGCCGCCUGGAAUCAUGCCGCCAGUGCUCUGACCGUGCUGCCCAGCUGUUCAUUGUUGUUGAAUCGGGUUGCGGGUCUUAUAAAAUGCGCUACUGCCCUCCAGUGGCCAGUUUUAUUGCUUUAAAAUAGGUUUGGAGCCUUGUUUUUUGUUUCUCAGAUAGAUCAAAAGUUAUAGAUGCUUCUUGUAAAAAAAAAAAAAAAAAAUUUAUGCGAAAGACGUAUAAAUACGUUUUUGGGACAAUGAAGCAUUUAAAAAUAGAAUGUAUUUAUAUGUUUAUGGGAGCAUGAUUUAAAGGGUUAAUUCCGAUUCACGCGGGAAUUAGGAUUACGUCGCCAGUGUAGGAACUAGUGUUGCACCGAUACCAUUUGUUGGGCCCGAUACCGAUACAGAUACCUGGCUGUGCAGUAUCUGCCGAUACCGAUACCAUUCCGAUACCACUCUGUUUGCAAAAAAAAUAAUAAUAAUAAAUACAUAUAUGUAUAUAUAUGUGCGUAUAAGGGAUGCAACAAUACAGUUAAGUCACAGUUCGGUAUGAUUUUCGAUACAAUUCAAUACAUUUAAUGCUCUGAAACAGAAAAUACAACUGUUAUUAUUAUUUUGUUUUUUUUUAAUUUUAUUUUAUUGUUUUUUUUUUUGCUAACAAGCAAAAAUAACAGUGCCAUCAUAUAAACAAGCAUUUUAGUGCAUAUUAUUUAUGUGCUUCUUACUGAGCUGUAGAAAUUUUGUAUAUAAGUGCUGAGAACAAUCUUUACUGUUUGUAAAGUGGGGCACACUGUUGAUUGCUGCAGCUCUCUUAGCAGCUAUAUUUACCAUAUAAGCAAAACAUCCUAUUUGUGGUCCGAGUCCAUCUGUAACAUGUACUGAAUUAACAGUAUAUGCAGAAUUAUCUAUAGUCAUUGGUAUGGAUUGAUUUGGCCUGCUUUAACUUCCAUUCAGUCAUGGCGGUUUCUAAUUCAUCAAUGGACAAUAUGGCGUCGCUCUGGGCUCACGCAGCUAAUGGCAUGGGAUCUGAUGUAGCACAUCUAGGUUUCUAUUUGAUGAUAUCUAGUGUGUGCGCGCGAGAGUUGGCAUGGGAUCUAACAUAGGACAUCUAGGUUGCUAUUUGAUGAUAUCUAGUGUGCGCGCUGCGCCGCUAGAGUGUUUUAUGGCCACAGAAGUCACUUCUGCUCAUUACUGCACAACACCAGUAUGUGACAUUCGACUUUCAUAAACUGAACGAGUUUGAAGUACGCCGCUCCUUAUUUGCCACUCAUUGUUCAUCAUGAAACCAUGAGUUUGCUUAGUCUCCCACGGUCUUAACCUUUCUGAUCCCAUCGGCGUUACAACAACAGGCGUUAGCUUACGCAUGCUAAUCUUUUGUGAAUGCCAUGUUAGAUUAGCAGCAUAACAUUGCGGAUAUACGUUGUAGUUAACAUCUUUAAUAUUGAGUUCGAAGGUAUUAAUUUCGUUUGGUAAAUUCGAGACAAAGACAUACAAAUGUCAUGCAUCGGGGUUUGGGAAGUUAGCUCACGUGGGGAGGACCGUACAUUAGCGUCCAAUUGAUGCCAGUAGAUGGUUUUGGCGCCCUAAAUGUUGGUACUCGUCGAUACCGAUACCAUCAAUUCGGGCCGGAUUGGCGCCCCCUGCCGAUACUGGUAUCGGUGCAACUUUAGUAGGAACAGAACGCGUUCCUAACUUGGGGACUACCUGAAUUUGUUUUCAGUUUGUUUUUUGUUUUUUUAUUUCUGAUAUUGCCUGAAUUCUGGACAGCAGAAAUUUUGUAAAAUUUCAUUUUAGUUAAUGCGCAUGAUUUAGUUUCACGGGCCACACAAAAUGAUGCGGCGGGCUGGAUCUGGCCCCCGAGCUGCCAGUCUGACACCCCUGACUUAAUUAAUUGAACAAAAUUCAGCAAUUUCUCCCAGAAAUCUCUCACAUGGAAUGACAAAGUUGGCUAAAAUUAUGCAUCGAAUGCAUAAAAUUCCUUCAAAGUAAUCCAUAGUUACACAUUUUCAGCCUUUAAUCACGUUUCAGUGAAAUUAAGACAUAAGAUAAUGGACGUCUAAUUCACUGUCUGGCUUGCCGUUUUCUUUAUCAUGAAUGAUUUUCUUGAUCGUUUCCAAACCACUGCUGUAAAUGGAGCAACUUCACUUUACGAAUCUACUUACGGUACACGGGUGUACCCGCUUUUCCAUUUUUUUUUUUUUUUUUUUUUUUAAUUAACUCAUUGACUGCCACUGAUGUUGAUAGACGUCCAGUCCAUUUGAAGUGGGAGGGCGGCAGCGACCCUCCCACAUGAAAUGGAUUGGAUGUCUACUAGUGACAAACUCAUUUAAAUUCACAACAGAAGGAUGAAAUGAGCCAUGUGAUUGGACGUCAAACGGAAUCGAACUGAAGAGUUAACAUACUCCCGGGAAGGAGAAGAAUGUCAGGUGGCCUUAAGUUUUGAUAGACGUGGGAAUAAACAUCGGUAAACUCCUAAAAAGUCAGGAGUUGAAGGGUGCGUGGUGGAAAUCCUGACUGUAACAUGUCUAUGUAUGUGGGGGUUGUUUCCUCUGCAAGCAACUACUGUACGGUCUGUAAAGGGCAUUCACAAUUUUACACCUUUAUAAAUAAACACAAUGAUGAA